CCCAUUCAUUCCCGCUAUACUGGGGCCCUCCCCUCCCGCUUCAGUCCGCCUGGAAAGAUGGCUACUCCGGCGCUGCUCAGGAGCUCCGAGCCGGCGCUGUGCCCGAGCUUCGCGGAGGUCUGCUCGUUCCUGGAGCGCUACGGAGCCGUCCUCGACCUACCCGAGAUGACGUUCCCGCAGAUGGAGGGCUACCUGCGCGAAAAGUCGUCAGUUCCCAAACCUCUCAUUGAACUCCACGUCAAGCUGCUCCGAAAGCUCUGCAAGUCCGUGACGAUAGAGCGCUGGGAAAAAUAUCUAGCCAAGAUGUGCCAAGAGCUGAACAGCGCCUGGGCUUGGGAGCUGGAACAGAACGGAUACCAAGACAUGUCCAUGGAGUGCAAGUCCAGCAUCCUCAAAUAUUUAUGCGAGUGCCAGUUUGAUGAUAACUUCAAGUUCAAAGCGGUGAUCAACGAGGAGGAGCCGGACAAAAUGCGCCUGCAGCCUAUCGGGCGAGACAAGCAGGGCCUUAUGUACUGGCUUCAGCUGGACCAGGAGCAGAAUAUCCGGCUGUACACGGAGGAGCAGGACGACUUGGACGGAUCCACUUGGAGAUGCAUCGUUAGGACCCGCAAUGACCUGGCUGAAGCACUGGAGCUACUCAAGGCUCAAGUUUUUCCAAACCUGAACCAGGACCAAGAGCAGAAAAUGGCUGAAUCUGGGAGCAGCAGUCCCGCUGACAGAGAAGCAGACGCCCAACUCGGUGAAAUUUCUAAGGCUCUCCCUGAUGAUGGAAAAGUUAAAAAAGAAGAAAAACUCCUGAAACAAGAGGAAAACAAGGAGCAGACAGCAAACAUCAAGCAGGAAGCAAAAGAAGAGAAAAGCAGCGAUGGAGCGCCCCUCUUUGAUAAUCACGUGAGCACCAUCACCUCUGUCAUCAAAUCCGAGUGCAGGGACUCGUCGGUCGUCACGACCGUCGCACCCAAGCAGGAAGAGGAGGCCGGGCGCGCCGUGGUCAGAAGCAGCCAGCAAGCCAAAAUUCCGCUGAAAAAGAGAGAGCUCAAGCUAGCCGAAAGCUACCACGGCAAUCACCUCACUAACAAUAACAGCAGCAGCAUCAUAGUGUGCAACCCCUCAGUCAUACAAACUAAGGAUGUCUCGUUGACCCUACCCCGUGGCCAAACGGCAUCCCAACAGCUCCUCGAUCUGAUGAACGGGAGGGCGUCCGUGGUGUUGCAUCACAUUGGCGUCAUCCGCGGUCCAACAACCAGCGAAGAGAAUGGUUGUAGAGCGGCUGAGGAUGAGAAGAACGUUCAGGGCUGCAUUUCAAGAACUCCAGAGCUGGGGCGCCAGUCAGUGCUCGUGAGGAACGAGCCGGUUCCCACGGAGACGCCGCACCAGGGUCCGAAAACGAGUAACGACAAAGAACCAGAUGAAAGCGUCCAGCGGGGCGAGGACGCCGACUCGGGAACAAGAGAACUUCACACAGAUAAAGAACGAAGUAAAGAUGAACAGAAAAAGCACUCGAAUGCUUUAGAAAAAGUGCAAGCGGCGCCGAAAAAAGGACAGGAACAGCAGUUGGACAAGGGAGAGAAAGGCGUCAAUGGUGAAUUACCGGAGAAAGGAGAGAUAGAGGUGGAUGAUAAGCCACGUCCAAAAGAAAAAGCAUCCUCAGAACUCCAGAAAGAAGGAAUACGCUUGAAGAUCAAGAUCCCCCCUCAUCGGAGGAACAAGAUGAAAGCCAAGGAGCAGCAGCAGAAGGAGGCACCAGAAGGAGGGAGAUCUCUAAGGAGGUCUGCCAGGAUCUGCAGGCCAAGUUCCAAGGCGUCCGAUAGCCCGAAAAAAAAGAAAGGUCAACAAAAACAGACAAAAGAAGAAGAAAAAGAGGACGACGAGGAAGAGGGAGAUGAAGAUAAUGAAAAGGAGGGUGUUACUGCUAAGAAAGAUGCAAAAGGAACAGCUGCCGUCCAAACGAGGAAGCGCAGGGGUAAGCGGCGACACGGAUGCCCCAGGUGGUCCAACGUACGCGCCAAGCGUCGUAAACUGAACGAAGAUGACGACGAAACAGGUGGAAAAGCGCGGGAGGAAGCCAGCGACGGCGGAAACCGCUCGGACGACUCCUGCCAGUCUGAGGAGAUUCCCAAAGAGGACGCCUGCACCCAUUGCGGUCUUCCCAACCACCCGGAAUUGAUUCUGUUGUGCGACUCGUGUGACAGUGGAUAUCACACAGCGUGCCUACGGCCGCCGCUCAUGCUCAUCCCUGACGGCGAGUGGUUCUGCCCGCCGUGCCAGCACAAGCUGUUGUGUGAAAGGCUUGAGGAGCAGCUGCUGAACCUGGACAGUGCUCUGAAGAAGCGAGAGCGUGCCGAGAGGAGGCGGGAGCGGCUGGUGUACGUGGGAAUCAGCGUCGAGAACAUCAUCCCUGGCGAUGAGGGAGACGAGGAAGACGAAAAGACUACCAAAAAGAAAGACGCCAAGAAGAGUAAAAAUCUGGGAAGGAGGUCGACCAGAACCAGGAAGCAUAUAAGCUACAGAUUUGACGACUUCGAUGACGCCAUUGAUGAGGCCAUUGAAGAGGACGUCGGAGAUGUUACCACUGCAGUUGAAUGCAGAGACAUUGUCGGCGCCCCGUUACCCGAGCACGGUGCGGCGGGCCGACGUCGGCCAGUGAAGGCCGCCGCCCGAAACAGGAAGCGGCGACGUCUGAAUGACCUGGAGAGCGACAGCACGGCGGUGGAAAGUGAAGACGACUUCACACUCAGCAACAGCUCUGAGGAUGAAGAAUUCGGUGCUUCGGGCUCAAACGACGACGAGGAAGACGACGACGAAGGGGGCAGCUGGGACGGUGCGUCGCGGCCCAAACGCACGGCGAGAGCAGCGCUCAAACACAAAACGGGCAGGACCAAACACAAAGUCGGCAGACCACCCGGACGACCGCGCCGAAGGAGACGCUCCUCUGACGAAGACGAUGAGGAUGGCAGCGAUGAAGACUCUGAUCAGUACAGUGACAUGUCGGACAAAAAGCGCGGCGGGCUGAGACGCGGCCAGCGGCAGCAGGUCAACUACCGCGAGGCUUCCGAGUCUUCCGACAAUUCGCGAACGUCCGGUAAAAAGAAAGAAGUCAAACCGUGCGGACGGCCGCGAAAGGAACGGCUUUCCAGCGACUACAGCGAUCUGUCACCUUCUUCACGGGACUCGGAAGAGGAGGAGGAGGAUCAAGGCGAUCAGAGAAAGCGGAAGCGAGAGAAGCGAAGGCGACGUGACGAAGAAGAGGAAGAAGACGAGCGGGCGGGAGGGAAACGACACAGACGGCAACCUUCGGAGAAAGAUGAGGACGAAAGGAGGAGAGUCCGGAAGUCGGAGGGAGAGGAGGACGACCCGACGAAGAUGGGCCGAGGGAAGCGGCGGGAGAUGUUGUCCCAACGGCGGCGGAAGCGGCUAGCUCAGAUGCUGAAAAAGCGAAGGCCUUCCACAGACGAGUCCCAAGAAUCGGAAUCUUCCUCCGAAGAGGACCGACCGCUCCGGAAAAGACUCAACCGCAUCGAUUCGGACGAGGACGAGCAAGAGGAGUCGGAGGAGACGAAAGACGAGAGCGACGCUCGGGACGAGAGCGACACUGGCGAGGUCGGGCGGGACAAACUCAACGGCCCCACGCGCACGGAGGACGAGGAGGGAGAGGCCAAGUCGGACUCGUUAAACUCUGCCCACAACAGUCCGCGCUCAUGAUCCCUUCUUUGGCGCUAGUUCUGCUAGACUGGCGGUUCUCAAACUUUUUGGCAAAAACAUGCAUGUGGUCCCUAAAUGCAACACCAGUUAAUUAGAAGGUUAAGAAAUUCAUACCUUAUUCGAGAAAAUAAUUUUAUCUCAAGCGGUUAUCAGAAUAAAAGUGUAAAAACAAACAUGUACAGUGUAAAAUAUGCUUAGGAUUUGGAUAUUUUUGGUACAUUUUAUCAAAGUCAAGGGGAAAAGAUGUCUGAACCCUUUAUAGAGCACUCAUUCACUGCCAUUGACAGUGAUAUACGUCAAAUUCAUUUGAACUAUGAACAUGUUGCCCUGCCUUUGGCGGUGCUAGACGAUCGCUUACAGCCUUCCCAUUCAAAAUGGACUGGACAUCGAGUGUUGUCAGUGGUAGCCAAUGAGUAAAUUACAUGUAUAAUUGAUGUAUUCACACCAAGGUUAAUAUCAACAAAAUGGCAGCCAAUGAGUUAAAUAGUUUGAAAUUAAAAAGAGUAAAGUUGUAGUCAUGGUAUUUACCAAAAUAUCAAUAGGAAGUGACACGAAAAUUCCCCAAAAAUGACAGGAAGUGACCAGGAAUUGAACCUUAAACUGUAGAAAGUGGCCCACGAAUACCCCAAAAUCAACAGGGAAUGACAAGUAAAUAAGCCAAUUUUAACAGGAAGUGAACCAGAAUCAACAGGUGAGCCAUAAUUGCCCCGAAAGUUAACAGGAGGUGACCAUAAGAGCAAAGCAUCACCAUGCAAUUUUUAUCCAAUAAUUGCUUUUUUUUGUUUUGUUUUUAAGUUUAAUCAUUUGGAUGAACAUUUUAUCUAUAAAUACAGUGGUAUGAAAAAAGUAUCUGAACCUUUUGGAAUUUCUCACAUUUCUUCAUAAAAUCACCAUCAAAUGGGAUCUAAUCUUUGUCAAAAUCACACAAAUGAAAUAAACUCUGCUUUUAACUAAAACCAGCCAAACAUAAGAUUUUCAUAUUUUAACAAGGAUAGUAUGCAAACAAUGACAGAAGGG